AUGGCAUUAACAAGAAGUAGACUACAUAAUAACUCACACCCGAUACAUGAAACAAGUAAUUUAAAUAAUCCUGACGAAGUAUCACAAGACAAUAUACUAGGAUAUGAUGAUCAACCAAUAAAACCAAAAAAUAAAAAAAUCACAUUUGAUGAAGAUGGAGAUGACCUAAAUGAAGAAGUAGAACAAGAUAGUAAUGAAGAAGAUUCAAAGUUAGGAGAUGUUGAAGAAUCAGAAGUAGAUUUAGAUUCAGACUCAGAUGAAGCACCUGAAGAAGAAAGUACAUCAACUGCUAAAAAUCAACUACAAGCUCAACAAAAUGAAUUAAAACAACAAGAAAUUGCUAAACAAAGACAAAUUAAAGAACAAAGAAAACUACAAAAUGAAAGAAAUAUACAACAGAAGAAAGCUAAAAGGGAACUAGAAGCAAAAGAAUUAGAAAAAUCUAAAAAUAUUUUACAAAAACCAGAAAAAUUACCUGAAUUUUUACCAGAUAAUAUAUCAAUAUCACUACCAUCAACAACAACAACUACUACUCCAAAACAUUUAAAAGAAGAUGAUUUUUCAAUAAUAGAAAAUGAAAAGCUUAGAAAAGCACAAAUUGAAUUAAGAUUGAAAAAAUUAAAACAAUCAAAUAAACAAAGUAUAAAAAAGGGUCCAGUUUACGUCAAGACUCAAACGUUUAAUACUAAAAAUAUAGUAGUACCGAAAUCAGAGAAUAAAAUAUUGAAAAAUAAAUCAAAAUGGUUGAAUAGAAAAUCAAUAAAUAGAAAAUAA